GUUUAUCGCCUCCCUGUUGUACCGGAGCGUGAGGCCCGCCGGGGGCUAGCGGAGGGAGCCCGGUCCAGGCUGCAUUGCUGAAGGCUGUGCGGAUGAGGUACCUGCAGAUGGUGUCCUUUGUCAUUGGUGCCCAGCACCUGCCAGGCUGAUCCAUGGUCACUUCCCGGGAUGGCAGCAACGUGACUUCAGCUGAGGAUGACCCUGACUGAACGGCUGCGUGAGAAGAUUUCUCAGGCCUUCUACAGCCACGGGCUGCUCUGUGCCUCCUACCCCGUCCCCAUCGUCCUCUUCACGGGCCUCUGCAUCUUAGCUUGCUGCUACCCCCUGCUGAAGCUGCCCCUGCCGGGCACGGGCCCUGUGGAGUUUGCCACCCCGGUGAAGGACUACGCCCCGCCCCCUGCCGACCCUGACCACCGGCCGGGGGAGCCCAGCGAACGGCCUGAGUGGUAUGUGGGUGCCCCGGUGGCUUACAUCCAGCAGAUUUUCGUGAAGACCUCAGUGUCGCCCUGGCACAAGAACCUCCUGGCAGUAGAUGUGUUCCGCUCCCCUCUGGCCCGGGCGUUCCAGCUGGUGGAGGAGAUCCGGAACCAUGUGCUGCGAGACAGCUCUGGGACCAGGAGUCUGGAGGAGGUGUGCCUGCAGGUGACCGACCUGCUGCCAGGCCUUCGGAAACUUCGGAACCUGCUCCCGGAGCAUGGCUGCCUGCUACUGUCCCCGGGGAACUUCUGGCAGAAUGACCGGGAGCGCUUUCACGCCGACCCUGACAUCAUUGGGACCAUCCAUCAGCACGAGCCCAAGACACUGCAGACUUCCGCCACGCUCAAGGACUUGCUGUUUGGUGUUCCCGGGAAGUACAGCGGGGUGAGCCUCUACCGGAAGAGGAGGAUGGUGUCCUACACGAUCACCCUGGUCUUCCAGCGCUACCACGCCAAGUUCCUAGGCAGCCUGCGUGCCCGCCUCAUGCUCCUGCACCCCAGCCCCAACUGCAGCCUUCGGGCAGAGAGCCUGGUCCACGUGCACUUCAAGGAGGAGAUCGGCAUUGCCGAGCUCAUCCCCCUGGUCACCACCUACAUCAUCCUGUUUGCCUACAUCUACUUCUCCACACGCAAGAUCGACAUGGUGAAGUCCAAGUGGGGGUUAGCCCUGGCCGCCGUGGUUACAGUGCUCAGCUCACUGCUCAUGUCCGUGGGGCUCUGCACGCUUUUCGGUCUGACGCCCACACUCAAUGGCGGCGAGAUCUUCCCGUACCUGGUGGUGGUGAUUGGCUUUGAGAACGUGCUCGUGCUCACCAAGUCCGUGGUGUCGACCCCGGUGGACCUGGAGGUGAAGCUACGGAUUGCCCAAGGCCUGAGCAGCGAGAGCUGGUCCAUCAUGAAGAACAUGGCCACCGAGCUGGGCAUCAUCCUCAUCGGCUACUUCACCCUCGUGCCUGCCAUCCAGGAGUUCUGUCUCUUCGCGGUCGUGGGCCUGGUGUCCGACUUCUUCCUCCAGAUGCUGUUCUUCACCACAGUGCUGUCCAUCGACAUACGCCGCAUGGAGCUAGCGGACCUGAACAAGCGGCUGCCGCCCGAGGCCUGCCUGCCCCCCGCCAAGCCUGUGGGGCGGCCGGCACGCUACGAGAGGCAGCUGGCUGCGCGGCCGUCCACGCCUCACACCAUCACGCUGCAGCCGUCCUCCUUCCGGAACCUGCGGCUCCCCAAGAGACUGCGCGUCGUCUACUUCCUGGCCCGCACCCGCCUGGCUCAGCGCCUCAUCAUGGCCGGCACCGUCGUCUGGAUCGGCAUCCUGGUGUACACAGACCCUGCGGGGCUGCGCACUUACCUGGCUGCCCAGGUGACAGAGCAGAGCCCGCUGGGCGAGGGCCCCCUGGCCUCCAUGCCCGUGCCCAGCGGUGUGCUGCCCGCCAGCCACCCGGACCCAGCCUUCUCCAUCUUCCCACCGGAUGCCCCGAGGCUCCCUGAGAACCAGACGCUGCCCGGCCAGCAGCCUGAGCCGGUGGGCCCAGGAGAAAGUAUCCAGGACGGCCCAGUGCCGGAGGUGACCUGGGGGCCUGAGGACGAGGAGCUCUGGCGGGAGCUGUCCUUCCGCCACUGGCCCACGCUCUUCAGCUACUACAAUGUCACGCUGGCCAAGAGGUACAUCAGCCUGCUGCCCGUCAUCCCCGUGACGCUGCGCCUGAACCCGAGGGAGGCGCUGGAGGGACGGCACCCGCAGGACGGUCGCAGCGCCUGGUCCCCUCGUGGGCCCGCGCCCCCUGGGCUCCGGGAGGCAGCGGGACCCCUGGGGCCGGGCGGGGCGCCCGUGCCCGGAGAUGUCACUCUGUACAACGCCGGCCUGGGCGCCCAGCGCCGACGGCUCCAUCUGGAGCCUGGAGCUGCAGGGCGGCCUCUUCGUGGUCGGGCGGAGCAGCGGCCGGCUGGAGGUGUGGGACGCCAUCGAGGGCGAGCUGUGCUGCAGCAGCGAGGUGUCAUCCUCGGGCAUCACGGCCCUGGUCUUCCUGGACAAGAGGGUCGUGGCUGCUCGGCUCAAUGGUUCCCUGGAUUUCUUCUCUCUUGAGACUCAAGCGCUCUUCAGCCCACUGCAGUUCCGAGGGACCCCAGGGCGGGGCAGCUCUCCCUCCUCUCUGCAGAGUGGCAGCGACACAGUGGCCUGCCGCCUGACCCAUACUGUGCCCUGCGCACACCAGAAACCCAUCACAGCCCUGAAGGCUGCUGCUGGGCGCCUGGUGACCGGGAGCCAGGACCACACCCUGAGGGUGUUCCGUCUGGAGGACUCGUGCUGCCUCUUCACGCUGCAGGGCCACUCAGGGGCCAUCACAAGUGUCUAUGUUGACCAGACCAUGGUGCUGGCCAGCGGAGGACAGGAUGGGGCCAUCUGCCUGUGGGACAUGCUGACAGGCAGCCGGGUCAGCCAUAUGUUUGCUCACCGUGGGGAUGUAACGUCCCUCACCUGCACCGCCUCCUGUGUCAUCAGCAGUGGCCUGGAUGACCUCAUCAGCAUCUGGGACCGAAGCACGGGCAUCAAACUCUACUCCAUUCAGCAGGACCUGGGUUGUGGUGCAAGCUUGGGUGUCAUCUCUGACAACCUGCUGGUGACCGGUGGCCAGGGCUGCGUCUCUUUUUGGGACCUGAACUACGGGGACCUGCUGCAGACUGUGUAUCUAGGGAAGAACAGUGAGGCCCAGCCGGCCCGCCAGAUCCUGGUACUGGACAACGCAGCCAUUGUGUGCAACUUCGGCAGCGAGCUCAGCCUAGUUUAUGUGCCCUCCGUGCUGGAGAAGCUGGACUGAGGGCAGGCGGCACCGCACGCUGGACCCAGGACAAUGAGGGUGGGCGUAGAGCAGCUCCUGGCAGCUGCCUCUGAGUUGUCCUGCUCCUGGACUGUGGUAUUAAACUUUUUAAGAAACACGUG